AUGUGGGACAAAGCUUAUUCACCUCAUGAUUUUCGAAUGUUUUUCAGGUGGAAUAUCAACAGGGAUCAAUUGAAAGCUACGGUUGACGACUUGGUGAAGUUUUUGGAACAAGGCGGCAAGAAGCCUGGUACAAAUGUGUAUCAACAGGAGCGGCAAUUCGUUGGCAUAUCUCACAAAGUGAUUGACACAGCGUUGACGCACGAUUUUGAUAUGCUCGAACUACACGAAAAAAUCUGUUUUGUAUUUUUGACAUUUUACAAGGAAGGCAAUGAAGGCGAGUACUAUGGACCCUGUAUUUGCUUUGUGCAAUCGAGUGGAACGGGGAAGACAAAGAUUCUCUACAAAUUGUGCAAGCAUUACAAGAUGAAUGAAGAAGGGACAUCUAAGAGUGGUAAAGGGAAAUCUAAGAGUGGUACCAAUAUUGUGGGUCGGCUCAUUCUCUGCCGCAAUGCAAAAGGGGAAAGCGAUGAAAAUAAAAAGGAGAAGGACCUGUUUGACGCAUUCAUUGAUCUCCGAAACGGCAUAGACAGCAAUCAAUCCUUUCAACAAGUAGUUGACGGCGUAUUUAAAAAGCUGGACGACAUGAUUGCCUUGUUCAAUAUUGCUGAUGAGCCGACGGUAUUGGUUUUGUUUUUUGACAAAGCACACUACCUGCUUGAUGAGGGCAAUUAUACAAAGGAAAAGGAAAAGGAAAAGGAAAAGGGAAAUGGAAAGGGAAAGGGAAAGGAAACAAAAACGACAACAAUGGACGCAAUGCUCUUUUGUAUCGUUUGCCUAUGGAUUCGCAAGAAGCGGGGGAAUUUGCAAAUUGUUGCUGUAUUCACCGGGACUACUGCAAAAUUAACCAACUUCAUCACUGACGAUGACAUUACAAACAAGACGGACACCAAUACUUGUGAGUACACGUCACCCAAACUUGAAUUCUACAUGAGGGGUGAGAAAACGUCCUACACACCAUUUUACACUACCACUACAAUUGGGUGCCUCCGAUUUGUCAAAAUGGAUGAUUCAUCAUCAAAUAAGAGCGGAUACAGCGUCGCCGUUCCUUGCGGGCGGCCUCUUUUUGCUGCCAUGUCCGAACAAGAACUCAAAGCUGGCGAGUCAAUCAUUGUUCAACGUAUUGUUCAAGAUGCUUCACCAAGCUCAUUCAAAAAUACAGCAACAACCUGGCUCAGUGUGUUGGGCACACGAGUGCAGAUGAGACAAACGACAUUUGAUGCAGCUUCUGGUCUUGUGGGCCGUUCUUACGCCAACCUUGUUUCGGUUAGCCCUGCUACAGUCAACGGCAAUGACAAGCAAACUGCCAAAAUUUGUUUCCCACCAGAUCCUGUUUGUGCGCGGUUGGCAAUGUGUCUCAUGGAUGAUAGUUGGUCCAUGGCUCUUUCAAAAGACACGACUCUGAAUGGAAGACCAAAAGUAUGUGGUGAUGAUGGUGACGACGGUGACGACAUGAUGACUCAAAAUAACGAUUGCCAGGUCCAUUUCAGUGCAAUCCAAGUCUGUUGUAAUUAUGCCCGUGCGUAUGAUGACUCGUGGUCUUUAGUUCAGAAUGAAGUGUUCUUGGAAAACAUGUACAAAACGGGUGUGGGAUUUUAUGUGUUUGCAGGUUGCAGUGUCAUUGAUGUUGUAUUUGCAUUGCAAAUAUCAGUGGCAGCACCAAGAAAAGGCGGCGUCACCGCCACUAGCUCAUCCUCAUCAAAAAGGUACCAAUACGUUCCGAUGUUUGUGUCCAUCAAGUUGCAAUCCAGUUUCUGUCCAAAAUCUGCAAGCAUCCAAUGUGACAAGAUGAAAGCAAAACUUGAAGCGGUGAAAGGUGGUAGCGAGCUUGGUGCCCUUUGCCUCUUGGUGGUGUUUGGUUCAUCUGUCAAGUCAAAAGAUGGAGACUAUACUUUGAAACCAGAUUGCGUCAAGAAUCUUGAAGAGGGAAUGGCAGUAUCCAAAGUGCUGCGGAUACCAACCAAUGACGAAUUUGGAUUGACAGAAGCAUUCUGGGAGUUGACAGGAGUUCACGAUGAAAUGUCAGAAGUUCUUGCUUCUCACAGCUUUUUGGGUGCCCAUCGAGAAGCUGAUAGCGAGACCACCACGAAUAACUUUACAGGGCAAGUCUUGCGACUCCGCCCAAAAUUAAAGACAAAAAAAGCAGCAGAAACGCAAGGCAUUGUAAGGAAAACAGAUGAAGUGACUGGCUAUUUGGACAAGUUGCUUGCAGGUCUAGAUGACAUCGUUAGAGGACAACCAUCAGAUGGAGAGAAAGAGAAGCAAAAGAAACGAAAGGCAAAUAAAGAAAAGACAAACAAAAUACAACAGCCUCGCAUCUGA